GCCGCCAUGUUGGGGGGUGUGCGCGGGGGAGCGCAGAGUGGAGCUGCUCCCGCCGGCCGGCAGCAGUAGCCGUAACCCCAGCGCCGCCGCCGCCGCCCGAUGGGCGGGAGGAGGGAGCCUGCCGCGGCUGCCCGUCGCCUCUGAAGCCGGGGAAUGCGUAGCGGCUGCCCGGUGAGGAGGAGGAGGAGAGCCGGGACAUGGUGCCGUUCGCUCCGCUGGAGGAGGCGGAGGAGCCGGAGCCCUGCCACAAAAUGGAGCUGUACGUGAGCGGCGGCGAGCUAAAUGGCCUUAAAAUGGCAGAUGAGCCUAUGGAAGAAGGUGAACCAUAUUCCUACCAUGAUGAAGGAAGUGUGAAAGAAAUUCCUAUCACACAUCAUGUGAAAGAAGGAUGUGAGAAAGCAGAUCCAGCACAGUUUGAACUACUUAAGGUUCUUGGACAGGGAUCAUUUGGAAAGGUCUUCCUCGUACGGAAAAUAAUUGGUCCUGAUGCUGGGCAACUUUAUGCAAUGAAAGUAUUGAAAAAAGCUUCUUUAAAAGUUCGGGAUAGAGUUCGUACAAAAAUGGAGAGAGAUAUAUUAGUAGAAGUAAAUCAUCCAUUUAUCGUCAAACUGCACUAUGCCUUUCAGACUGAAGGGAAGCUAUAUUUAAUAUUGGAUUUUCUCAGGGGAGGAGAUGUAUUCACACGAUUAUCCAAAGAGUUCUUAUUAGGUUAUGUUUACAGAGGAAGAUGUGAAAUUCUACCUCGCAGAACUGGCCCUUGCUUUGGAUCACCUUCACAGCUUGGGAAUUGUAUACAGGGACCUGAAGCCAGAAAAGUAAACAUUUUGCUUGAUGAAGCAGGACAUAUCAAGUUAACAGACUUUGGACUCAGCAAAGAAUCAGUAGAUCAAGAGAAGAAGGCCUAUUCUUUCUGUGGUACUGUAGAAUACAUGGCACCUGAAGUAGUAAACAGGCGAGGGCACAACCAGAGUGCUGACUGGUGGUCCUUUGGUGUUCUCAUGUUUGAAAUGCUUACUGGUACACUACCAUUUCAAGGUAAAGAUCGAAAUGAAACUAUGAAUAUGAUACUGAAAGCAAAACUUGGAAUGCCUCAGUUCCUCAGCCCUGAAGCACAGAGUCUUCUGAGGAUGUUGUUUAAAAGGAACCCAUCAAAUAGAUUAGGAGCUGGUUCAGACGGAGUUGAAGAAAUCAAAAGACAUCCUUUUUUUUCUACUGUUGACUGGAAUAAACUGUUCAGAAGAGAAAUUCAACCCCCAUUUAAACCCGCUUCUGGAAAGCCAGAAGAUACCUUUUGUUUUGAUCCAGAAUUCACAGCAAAAACACCAAAAGAUUCUCCAGGAGUCCCACCUAGCGCAAAUGCACAUCAGCUCUUCAAAGGAUUUAGUUUUGUUGCAACUACUACUGUAGAAGAUCAUAAAAUAUCACCGCUCACCAAUAUACUGCCAAUAGUACAGCAACUUCAUGGAAACAGCGCACAGUUUACUGAUGUAUACGAACUGAAGGAAGAUAUUGGUGUUGGUUCCUACUCUGUUUGCAAGCGAUGUAUACACAUAGCCACAAAUAUGGAGUUUGCUGUAAAGAUAAUUGAUAAAAGUAAGAGGGAUCCCUCAGAAGAGAUUGAGAUCCUCAUGCGUUACGGACAACAUCCAAAUAUUAUUACUUUAAAGGAUGUGUAUGAUGAUGGUAGAUAUAUAUACCUUGUCACUGAACUGAUGAAAGGAGGAGAGUUGCUUGAUCGAAUUCUCAGACAGAAGUUCUUCUCGGAACGAGAGGCUAGUGCUGUAUUAUACACUAUAGCCAAGACUGUGGACUACCUGCACUGCCAAGGAGUAGUGCAUCGAGACCUUAAACCUAGUAAUAUUUUAUAUACGGAUGAUUCAAAUAAUGCUGAUUCUAUCAGGAUUUGUGAUUUUGGAUUUGCAAAGCAACUUCGAGGAGAAAAUGGACUACUUCUGACUCCGUGCUACACUGCAAACUUUGUGGCACCAGAGGUUCUCAUGAGACAGGGAUAUGAUGCUGCUUGUGACAUAUGGAGCUUGGGUGUUCUUCUUUACACAAUGUUGGCAGGCUAUACUCCAUUUGCCAAUGGCCCUAAUGAUACUCCAGAGGAGAUCCUGGUACGGAUAGGCAGUGGAAAAUUCUCUUUAAGUGGAGGCAACUGGGACACUGUUUCAGAUGCAGCAAAGGACUUGUUAUCCCAUAUGCUUCAUGUAGAUCCACAUCAGCGGUAUACAGCAGAGCAAGUAUUAAAACAUUCGUGGAUAGCCUGUAGGGACCAGUUGCCACAUUAUCAACUAAACAGGCAAGAUGCACCACAUCUAGUAAAGGGAGCCAUGGCUGCUACAUAUUCUGCACUGAAUCACAAGACAUUUCAGCCAGUGUUAGAGCCUGUUGCAGCUUCCAGUUUAGCUCAGCGACGGAGCAUGAAAAAGCUAACAUCAACAGACUUAUAGAUCCACUGGGACACCUUAGCAAACAGAAGCAAGGGGAAAAUCCAAUAAGUGGCUCUAUUUUGCCUGACCUGUGAUCAAAAGGCAUCUAUGGUUUCCUGCUACACUACUUGAAUUCUGUAAAAGUCCUUUUUUUAAAAAGAAAAAAAUCCACAGGUUCAUACUGUGUUGUUUUACAGACCGUAUCUGUUAAGUUAAUUUAAACAUCAGGUACACCAUAAUGAAUUUCUCUACACUGUCCUUUAAGAGAUCUGUUGCAAAUAUUAUUUCACAUUCUGUAUAGUUUUGCUGGGUUCAUUUAAAAAAUGGUUUAGGGGACCGUUGCCAAUGACCAAGUUGUACAUAAAGUGUCAGUGUAAGUUUUCUUUUCUUCGCACCUUCAGACCCUGUUGUGAAGAAUAAGUUCUUAAUUUUGUAAUUGGGCACUUAAUUCCUUUAACUUUUUCAUUACUAUUAUGAAAAGCUGACUAAUGUAUUGUGCCAGUGUUAAAUGCAUUAGUGUUAAUUUGGAAGGUCUGUGUUUGCAUGGUGCCAGUAACUGAUAAGUUUAUGUGAAAAUACAAACAAAAGGGAUGUGUAAGAUUCCACACUUUACCCAUAAACUUGAUUUGAUCACUCAUGACCCAAAAAAAAAAGGUUAAUUAACAAAGUUUUUGUUAUUUAUAUUGUCUAUCCAUUUGUACAACGACUAUGUUACUGUUUCCUCGGCAGUUGUUUCCACUGAAAAUACCCAAUAUUAAGUUUAUUUGGCAUGUAAGACAAACUGACACUUUAUUAUAACAAACUUGGCACGUGGAGUUAACUUUUUAUUUAUUUGAUUUUUAUAGAACGUUGCUUCUAUCUGAAUCUCUUGCCGCAUGUACAAAUAUUACAGAACAUAAAUGCAAAAUUCUAUUUGCCUAACUGUAGGGGUAGCUUGGGAAAAUAAAUAAGCCUUGCAGUGUGCCCAGAUAAGGGAAUUCUGACCAAGAAACUUCAGUUAUGGACAAGUUACUGACAAUAUCUGCUUGCCCUCUCUGUCUUGAUGUUAGGACUUCAGCUGUUUCUAAAUGCUGUGAUGGAGAGGAAAUUAAUUUCAGGGCCAGAAUUAUCUUGGGUUUUCUGACUCAAAACCAGCACUAACCACUAGUAGACUGGGAACUAAUGCAUUCAGAGAUGAUGAGCUUAAAAGUAUUUUCAAAAGUUGUAGACACUACUGUGCAAUUGUACUGUCAUAGUAGGAUGAUAUGCAUUUUAUAUAUAUUAAGUAUAUUAGUGACCAACAGCUAGACUGUGAACAGUUACAGAAUCCAAGUGACCAAAAAUCAAAUGUAGUUCAGACUGAUUUGCCAUCAUUGAAUUUCCCGUUUCAGAUACAUUUGGUAGCCAGUUGCGAGACACCAGUGAUGGCAGAACUCGACAUUUUGAGACAGGGGAAAAAAAAAAAGCUUUCAGGAGAAUUCUGGCCCAGCUGCCGAGAGUGGCAGUAGUAACUCCGAUCUUAAAAGGUAGAGGGUGCUGGCUGGUUUUUGCUUAUACCUGUGAAGUACAUGGUGGCAUUGGAAGUACUAUUAGGUAAGCUGCUUUCUUUUGUUGUGGUGGGGGAAGAUGGAAAUUAUCUGGCCAAAUAGUUAGGUAUGAAUAUAUGUAGAUUUGAGACUUAAUGAAUAUAGCAAACAUAGGUGUGCUAUUUGUAUCAUGGAGAACAUACCCCAUACUAAAUUUCUUGAGUGUUUGAUAGAUGUUGGAAGCUUUAGGGGCCAUUUGUGCCUAGUUUUGAGGUGCCUGUUUGAACCGCUUGAAAGCUUAUCAAAGAACACAACUGCUUCCUGGAAAGCCUAUUGUUUAGUACAAAAUUUGCCCCUUAUGCAGCUGGUUCAUCCUUCUUUUCAUUACUGAAGACCUUUGCCAGCGAGAAUGCCUGUAAACCUCUUAUCUGCAGUCUGUUGGUAUAAUUUUUUUGUAAAUUUACAAAUGACUGCCAGAAGAAUUUGAAUUCACUCUGAGGGGGGGGGAAAAAAACCCAAAACAAAGUGAUAGAAAUAAAGCCACCUUAGCCAAGGUCAAGGUAUAAUGUGGG